UAAAGCAAAGAACAGCUGAAUGGACUAGGCAUCAGUGGUAGCACAUGACAUAAGUCAUGUGAUGUGCUGCUGUUACUUGCUGCAAGAUCCGCCUGUGGAAAAGUGUUAACGUUAACGUUAAAGUUAACGUUUAACCACGGAGAGUAGACUGACACCCCUCCCCUUUUACUGCCUUUAUUAUCGGAUGGGAAGAUCUCGAAGAGAAGACAGGACAGGAUACAUUUUCAGAAACGUUCCUCCUCCUGCAACCAACAUCUAUCAAAGAGACAGGGAGAAAAGGGGCACUGAUCUUGUGAAAUAUCCUGAGUAAUCCAGACCAGAUUGCCUCAGUGUCUGCUUGAGUGUGCGAUGAGUAAAGAGAAGUUGGAGCAGUAUCGCCAGAGGUUCCGCUCUGAGCUGGACAGUGUGGUAGACUUCUGGCUCAAGCAUUCCCAUGACAAACAGUACGGGGGCUUUUUCACCUGUGUUGGGAAAGACGGGAAAGUCUACGAUGAGCUGAAGUACGUGUGGUUGCAGGGCCGACAGGUAUGGAUGUACUGCCGACUGUACCGCACCAUGGAGAGGUUUCGUAGGCCUGAAAUACUGGAAGCUGCCAAAGCAGGCGGGGCUUUCCUGCAGCGGUUCGCCCUCGUCCCGUCCUCGGGCAGCCCGGGGAAGUGUGCCUUCUGCCUGACCCGAGACGGCCGCGCCGUGAAGGUGCAGAGGACCAUCUUCAGCGAGUGCUUCUACGUCAUGGCCAUGGACGAACUCUCCAGGGUCACCGGGGACCCGGACAUGCAGUCAGAUGCUGAGAAGAUGAUGGAUCAGCUGGUGCACUGGGUGAGGGUGGACCCGUCGGGACUAGGACGCCCCCCGAUGCCAGGCGACCCGCCCGUCAACAGCAUGGCCGUACCCAUGAUGCUCUUGUGCCUGGUGAACCAGCUGAGUGAGGGCCGACCGGCGGUGGCACAGAAAUACGCCGAGAUGGCUGACUGGUGCGUCAAACAGAUCCUGCAACACAUUCAGAGAGAUGGAACGGCCAUUUUGGAAAGCGUCUCACCAGACGGAAAAGAACUGCCUGGUUGUCAGGGGCGACUGCAAAACCCAGGCCAUGCUCUGGAAGCAGGCUGGUUCCUGCUGGAGUACGCCCAGGAGCGGGGGGACGUCCAGCUCCAGAAGACGGCUGUGGACAAGUUCAUGGAGGUGCCCUUCCUGUCCGGCUGGGACAAAGAGUUCGGGGGCCUCUUCUACUUCCUGGAUGUGGAUGGCCACUGUCCCACUCAGCUUGAGUGGAACAUGAAGUUGUGGUGGCCGCACUGCGAGGCUCUGAUAGCCUACCUGAUGGCCUACACACACUCCAAAGAACCCGCUCUGCUGGAGAGGUUCACCCAGCUCCACGACUACACCUUCACUCACUUUGCGGAUCCAGAACAUGGAGAGUGGUUUGGCUAUCUCAAUCAGCAAGGCAACGUGACACUUGACUUCAAAGGAGGGCCCUUUAAAGGGUUCUUCCAUGUUCCUCGAUGUUUGUACAUGUGUGAGAGACUGCUGGACGGACUGCUGGACAAACAUCAGGGCUGAACCGCUCUUACCAAUCAUCUUAAUCAUCUGUGCAGCACUCCACUGCAUCAUGCCAGUGAUCUUACUUUCUUUUCUUUUCUAUUGUUAUUUGUGCUGUCAGUCUAUGAAUCACGCUGUGAGCUAAUGUUUACUUAUGUGUGAUGCACAAGGACCAGGCUAAACCUGCUAGGAUUGUACUUGAAUUUUGGAUUAAAAAAGGGAAAAAUUGUCAAUCUUAGAUACCAUGGCCGAUUAUACAGGACAUUAUCACACUCUCUCCUAAAGGAGCUAUAACAUUGACUAGCUGUCAUCAAGCGCGCUAAAUGAUUUCAUCCUCUCCACCCCAAGCAGAUUGGGGCAGUCUAUGUUAUGUUAAGGUGACCAGAUUUCUGAGACAAAAUCCGGGGACAUUUUCAGUGCAGACACGUUAACACCUCCAAAACAGUGUAAUGUUUUUAUCUUUGUAAACGAAAAACGGGGACUGUUCCCCGGAAACGUCUGGUCACCGUAUGUUAUGUUCACUACGGUUGGCCACCCAGAAGUAAACAAAGGAAGAGGAGGCUGAAGGACACAUGUAGCAUGGUGGAAAAAAUGUGUAUGGUCGAAUUACUUCAUUAGUGUCUUCAUCAACAUCAAUUGAUAUUGAUGUUACAUUAACUUAGUCGAGUUUAUGAAGGUUGCGGCCCUUUUUAAGGAUCAGACGCUUAUAAGACAUGCUUAUAAUGAACAUGAAAGCCCUUCUGUAGAUGGUGGGAGAAUCCAGGCCGUGCACCACAGCAAAGAAGCCUGAGGACAUUUCCGUUCUCAGCAUGUUUUAAGCCAGUGUAGAAACAACAAGCCCCCUCCCAGAGUCAGCUACCCUAUGAGACUGUUUACAUUUUACAUGGAUGGACAGCUGAUUAAGUACAAUUAAGUUAAAGGCCUGAAAUGGAGGGAAAAAACAUCCAUUAAGUGCAAGAAAAAGCCAUUUCUUAUCCUUUAGAAUUAAAUCUUUGUAAAGCUAUAAGCAUUUGUUGACAACACACACUCAUUUGCACAUUAGUCGUGUAUUAAAAAGUGAUAUGGAGGUUUCUGUAUCCUUCUGUGCCGGAUAUUUUCUUGCAUGAAUUUUAUACUCAGGAUGAAAAGACUUGGAUAUGAUUCCCUUAAUGGUCACUGCCUUAAUUAUCCUAAUGUUAUAACAGAUUGUUUCACUGUUUAUGUAAUUGGUAUUAAGGUUGUAAGGGAUAGCACCAAUUAGGAGAUUGUCUGUACUUAAGUCUGCACAGUCGUUUAUCAUUACAGAUCCCCAUCUCUUAUAAGCACUAGUUGAAGCCAACUGUAACUGCUUAUAUUUAUAAUUUUCUCUGUAACUUUCAUCAUCUUUUUUUAAAUUUUGACAGUAAAGUUGGAAUACUUUUAA